UGUAGCAACGUAAAGGGAGAGGACUUUAACUUCUCACAUCGAAAACAAUUCAAGAUCAAAAUUAUGGCUAUGCCUCUCUGAUAGCCUAAGUAACAGAAAGAAAAAUGGAAUCUGAACUGGAGACAAGGACAUCAGGGGUCCUUGUCAGUUUGGCAGAGUCCCCUAAUGCAGGCAGCAGGACACAAAGUGCAGCAGGGGCAGAUAUUCUGUUUGAGGCAAAGAAAAAGAAAAAACAGAGUACAUCAUCCUUAGCAGGACAAGAUGAUGGAUAUGAAGUGACAUUCACAGUUACCAUAGCGAUGGCUGUCCCAACUGUAUAUGAAGACCAGGAUGGCCAGACACCUUCUCCUGUGGCAGAACCAGGCACCCUUGUCAACCAGAAUGACCUGCUGCAGAAGAGGACUGUAGACUCUCCUCGCGCCCAGAACUACUAUCACCUGGAGUACUACCUCCUGCCAGAGGAAGAUGCCAUGAAGACUGACGUGGUCACCUACGGGGUAGCCUGUAAAAUCUUCAUGGAGAGACACGAUGCCAAGGUCAUCAAAACCUGGCAGGAAGGGGACAUCACCUGGUUUGCUUGGGCGCACAGCCACACAGUGACUGUGACCAAAGAACUGCUACUCAAACUGUUCAACCAUACCCUCAUGUUGAGAGUCUGGGAUACGAAGGACAAAUGUUCGACUAGGGCAAGAUUUGACAGACCAAAGGCCUUCAGACUACCUCAGCCCAAACCUGGUGAGAAACCAGAAGAUGUGGGCGGAGUCAAGGCCAUGGUAAUGAAACAACUGAAACAGUACACGAGUCAACAGCCCAGAAAGGGUAACCCGAUCAAAGGUCUUCCCUCACAAGUGUCUGUCAUAAAUUUGGCCUAUGCGAAGAUGCACAGCAAAGUAGAGGACAGACCUGACCGAGAAACUCUUUCUGCAGGAACCAAAAUUCUGGUGGCUGUACCAAACAAGGAUGAACAAAGUGGAAAAACAUUCGAUCAUCUGAGUCAACUAGCUGGGGCAGACUCACCAUCAGUUAAAGAAACCCAAGAGAAAAAAGUAAAAAGAACCCAGAAACAAUAUGGAGACUCUGAUCCAGAAAAAAAAUCUUCAAAGACCACAUCUAAAGAUGAACGUGAGUCUAAAAAAUUGGCGGAACAAGCCAAGAUCAUGGCAGAAAACAUAAAGAAAAAUGGCAUCUGUAUGAUACCCCUCAGGCUAGCACUUUUAUUUGGGGAAUGUAAAUAUGUUACAAGUCGUCUGGAUGCUCCAGUGGCUGGCAUUGAGGACAUAUUUCUUGGUGUUUCUGUCAACGCACCUCUUCUGUCAGAUGUACUAAAGGAGAACCUUAACCCUAUGAUGAUACGCAUCGAUAACGCUACUCACCUGCCAGACACACCUUUGUCAUAUACUCAACUUAGCGAGAAAUGUCUACCAGUUUAUUGCAAAUACCAAUUCCUUGAUCAACCCGAACAUAUAACUCCUGGUAAAGAACAUAAAAAAAAUAUCUACUGGGAGGAGACCAAUGUGGUUUUACUGGGAGACAUUGACUCUGGCUUGCUCAUGGAGUAUUUAAAUGGGCCAGGUCUAGAAAUUGAAGUGCAUGAUCGUGAUAGGAAACCAGAAACAGAAAAUGUGCAGCCAAAACUGUUUGGUGAUGAUCUUGAAGACCAAAAGAUUGCUAAUGUUGGCACUGUUGAAAGUCGACGAACACUUUAUAACCCAUUUGAAGGAAGAGAUAAGCCAUGGGACUCCUAUGGUGUGGCUCGAGUUAAUUUAUCAGAACUCCUUCUGGGGCAUAAAUAUCUCAAAUUAAAAGUGCCUAUCCUGAAUUGUCCAAUACCUGACAUUUUGGGCAAGGACAAAAGCCAAAAUGGCAAACUUAUUGGUGUGGCUGGAGCAGUAGAUGGACCAGUUGAUGCUCCAAUCCAAGCUGGUCAUUAUAUGGAUCACAUGUCUAUGUUAAAUGUGAUCAUUCAGCUGGCCCAUCCUGUUAUCUCAACAGCUUCUGUUAUAGCAAAAGAACACAUUCCAUUAUCAAAUAAGAGCCCAUUCAAUCGUAUCAUCUUCAUGUGUGACUACAACACUCUGGACAUGCUGCAUAACAUACAGACUCUAGUCAUGAGCUUUAAUGCCGCAGCCCUGGGUCUGAAUACCUUGCCACAGCAUGUCAUUGAUGCUGCUUUAUCUACUUAUAAGUUGUCUGUAGUUCAGCAGAACAGCUUUGACUUGGACAUUGUUACUGGCUUCCAUGUCUUGGAUGGAGAGAAGCAUAUAUUUGUCUUAGAAGGGCGCAGACAAGGUGCCAUUUCUACUUUGUGGGAUGCUCUACCUCAACCAGAAGACACAGAUGUGAAAGUUUUGUACAACUCUAAUCUAAGCUUCAGCAGACGUCUGUAUGGUUCUCUGGAUGUGGACCUGUGUAAAGUAAAACUUCAUGAGCCUCUGCGUCUGAUUGUGCAGCAGCCAUUGCUGUAUAUCAGAGACAUGGUGUUUAGACCUUGCUAUGAUGCUCUUAUUAGACUGCACCAGAUUACCAAACUCCACAAGAUGACGCAUGUAGUUAGAAAUGAUUUAUUUCCAACAGCGGAAAUGGUUGUGAUGAUGAGCAGAGAAUUUGGUGUACCAUUUACACAGCAAGACUAUGAAGAUUUGCAAAUUGUCAGUGAAGAAGAUGAACCAGUGGCAGUAGUAGCAGGGCCACAUGAGUUCAAGCUAGAACCAAGUAAAAGUAGGGAACCCAUUGAUCAUUUCAAUACAGAUUAUAUAGAGAAACAACAAGCUGAGAAGAAAACAAAGAAUUUUAUGCUGGCCAAUAUUGCUGAUGUCAAGAUCAAGAGUGAAGCAAGUCAUGCUGAAAGAGCAAAGAUAAAGACACUGCAUUUCUCCAUAGAUAUGGAUCCCGCUUAUAACUAUAGCAUCCAACAUCUAAACAGCACAGAGUUAGCCAAAAAUAAACUCAGACAGCUCUUGAAUGAAGAACACCCUCGUGCAAGAUAUGCUUACAAUUCAGAAUUCUUAUCUGGGAUGCUCACUCCUGUGGAUCUCCAACAGGACAAGAAAGAUAAAGAAGAGGCCAAUCGCUCUUUAUGGAGAACUGAAAAGGGUUGGGUAUACCCAGGCAUGAGAAGUCUUCAAGAAAGCAACACUCCCCUCAAACAGCCACAUCCAGCCAGAGUCGAAGAAUUGAUGGAAACAUGGAGGGAAAACACUUUGCAUGCCAAUCUUUUUGAGUCUCCUGUUGAUCGAGGACAUUACCCUUGGUCUAGAAGACAGGAAGACCUUGAGCUGUACAAGAGACCACCAGAAUACUUUAAUGAUCGUGAUGUUAUGUCUAUGUAUAUACCAUGGCAAACUGAAGCUCAGGAUAAGAAAGAACGAAAAGAAAAAGAAAUGGAAACUUGGAAGUCGCAUUUGGUGGUGGAUGAUGUCAGACAACACUUUCAUCGCUUGCUGCCUCAAACAGAGUUGACCACAAGAGGUUUUUACUCAAGCAAUCAGAUAGACAGGCUUCAAGGCUUGUUAAAAGACCCUGCCAGGAGGAGAGAGCUAACAUUUCCCAUGUUAAUGAAUAAUAUCCCUGCACUGGGUGUGGUCAAUGACCCUCUACUUGACACACAAGCUCGUGAACAGGGAGUACCUCUCUAUCCUGCCACUAAUGUGAAUGAUGCCCGAAAUGUUGGUUACAAACCAGGAGAUUUCUCAAACCAACUCUUCCAUCCCAACAAUUACAUUCUGAGACAUGAUUAUGAACAUGAGAAAUUCAAAGCAUUGAAAGGUCAGGAGUUCAAUGUUUAUCACAAGUCUCGUAACAAGUUUUGCAAGAGACCAAUCUACAGCCUGCGGCCAGAAGAAAGAGAUAAUCAUUUGUUUAAAACUGCUUUAUCUCCAUGGGGUCAACCUCUACCUCCAUUGGGGCAGAGCUCAAAAACAGAUGAACCCUUAGAAGUCCAGACCUCAGAACCUGAUGUAUCUGACCAGAGUUCAAAUAACGUGCAUAGAGAAGAAGAUAUUGAGAACAACAAUAGAAAUUUGGAAAACAAUGACAUGAGUAGCUUGAAAAUGAAUUAUUCUUUAUCAUUGCCAAAUAUGACAGCUAUAGCAAUAUAAUUAAUGUAGCUUAAUUUUUUCUUGAGAAAAUUCCUGAGAAAAUGUUUCUUUAAAACAAUUUUUUUAAUGAUUCAUUAACACAAGUAGGCCUUCUAGAAAUUGCUAAUAUUUUUUUGUUGAAAAUGUUGAAUAGUCUAAACAAAAAGAAAAGCUGGAUUAUAUAAUUUUAGAGAGACCUAUACAAUUAUCUACUCUGGGAUAUUUUUGUUUUAGUUAAAAAAUAACAAUGUUUUGCAAUAAUUAUCAUUUUACAGUUUUGUAUUUGUUAGAAUUCAAUUCUCAUAAUUUCUUGAGAUGUUAAGAUAGAGAAAACAAUGUUGGGUUAUUUUGACUGUGUGUCCCAACAAAAUUUGUUCCUAAUGAUCAGAAGCUAUCGGCAUUAGCUAAUUAAGGGGUAUGUCAGUCCACUCCUUCAUAUUGACAUAUCAGAUUGUAUGUGUACAUUGUCUUGAUCAUCUGCUAGCAUAGUGUACAUUGUCUUAAUCCACUACUAGCAUAUCAACAUUCCAAGUGUACAUUGUCUUGAUCAACUGCUAGCAUAGCAACAUUCUAAGUGUACAUUGUCUUAAUCCACUACUAGCAUAUCAACAUUCCAAGUGUACAUUGUUUUAAUCCACUGCUAACAGGUCAAUAUUCCAAGUGUACAUUGUCUUGAUCAACUGCUAGCAUAGCAACAUUCUAAGUGUACAUUGUCUUAAUCCACUACUAGCAUAUCAGCAUUCCAAGUGUACAUUGUUUUAAUCCACUGCUAACAGGUCAAUAUUCCAAGUGUACUUUGUCUUGAUCAACUGCUAGCAUAGCAACAUUCUAAAUAUACAUUGUCUUGAUCAACUGAUAGCAUAGCAACAUUCUAAGUGUACAUUGUCUUAAUCCACUAGUAGCAUAUCAACAUUCCAAGUGUACAUUGUCUUAAUCCCAUGCUAGCAUAUCAACAUUCCAAGUGUACAUUGUCUUAAUCCACUGCUGGCAUAUCAACAUUCCAAGUGUACAUUGUCUUAAUCCACUGUUAGCAUAUCAAUAUUCCAAGUGUGUCCUGAUCAUUUGAAAUGUACACUAAAUUUACAUAAGUAUUAUCUUUCUCACAAUUAGUGUACUUUUAUGGAAAUCUUAAACUAAACUAAAAUGAUGAUCUUGUCCAAUGAAAUAUUGUCUCAUAAUUAUCAAGAAGCAUCCCAAUGUUCAUCCCUUCACAGUAUUGAGAACUUGGUCAUAUUGUUCUCAAACUAUUGAUUUGUUGCAUGAAAAGCUCAUUUGAUUUAUACUUCUGGAGUGUUUGUGCUCAAAAGCCUUUCUUUCAGUUUUAAUUUAUGCAUUCCACAUCCAAAUUUUUAGUCAUCUAAGACAAAACUCCCAGUGAUGAGUAUGGCUAUUUUGAAACUGCUAAACUUUAUAUUAACAUAGACAAAUGUUGGAAAAAAAUAUAUAUUUGUACAGCUUUUUUAAGAUCUUUUUUUUUAAAUCAAAUUUUUACUGCUGAAAAUUAUAUUGUUUUUUUUUUGGUUUUGUUUUUUGUCAUAAAUACUUUUUAACAUACAUGCUGCUAAUAUUAUUAUAUGUGUUUAUUAACAAAUUGUAAAUAUUGAUUUUGAUGCCCAGAUUAUUAUUUUAGACCUUCGACUUCUAAGGAGGAAGUAAUCAGUCAAGUCUUCUGCUAUAUAGUACAAUUUGUUAAAACAAAAACCUCUUUCUUUUUGCAAACACCAGUACAAACCAAAUCAGUUGGUGAAUAUUUACAUCAAAUUAGAUUAGCAUGUCUCUCUGUUAUACUUCAGAGUAAUUGUGUGUUGCCUGAUCAACUAUUAUCUGAUAAGUUUGGUUUUGUAUAGCAUUAUAUUAAAACACCUUCAAAUGUUUGAUUUUUUUAAAAAUUAAAACAAUCAACAAAGUCUAUAUUAGAUAACAUCUACCAAACAGCUUUGGUAAACUGCUGUAAAUCCUUUCCCUUCAAGCAGAUUUUAGUAAAAAUGUACAAAUAGUGUGUGAGCUGGGUUUGUUUUUAUUUUAUUUUUUUUUAUUUUAUAAAAGUAAUUAGUGUUGGUUUGGAGCUGAUGGGCUCAAACGAGUCGAGAUUUUUUUAAUGCUUGCUGACUUGACCUCUGUGAAGUGGAGGUGAGAAGGUCUCAAAUCAAAUGGUACUCCUACUGCUGAUUGUAACAUACAAUAUACUUUUGUAAAUAAAUUUAUGCAUGCUUAACCUCUAAGGUGAAGGCAGGAAAUUGAAUCUGUGGUAUACUGCUGACUGUAGCAUAUUAAUAUACAUUUGUUUAUUGAUGCAUGCUUGACUUCUGAAAUGAAGCUUUCAGAUGUGUGGUAAUCUUCUGAGUGCUUUAUAAUGUAUAGUAUACUUUUUUUGAAUAUUUUAUGCAUGCUUGACUUUUUAGGUAAAAGCAAGCUUUCUAAUCUGUGGUACACUGCUGACUGUAAUAUAUUUGAUAUGUUAUCAUUUGUUGUUUUCUGCUAAUUCAUACAUAUUUAUAUAAUUCUAUGAAACUGCUCUUUUUGAUCAGAUAUAAUCUGAGUUGUGAAAUUAUUCCUUAUGCCUACAUGGACUGACUCUUGUGGUUUCAUUUCUUGUUCCUUUCAAAGUAUUUUUUUUUCUCUCCUAACUGUGCUGUAUCAUAGUCUAUAAUUUCACCUAAUCAACAUUUUUUUUUAACAUACAUGCAUUUAUAGUUAGUUUAACUAAUUUAAAAAAAAACACAAUAGAGUCUUUUAUUUUUCCUGAAAAAGGGUUGUUUUUUUUUUUCAUAAUAAUAAUGAUGUCUUUAUUAUUUUUGAGGAAAUCACAGUAACUUUGUGGGAAUCACAUUUCUUUUUAUGAAUAAGACUCUGCCUCUAUUGAAAAUUCUUAGCACAUUUAAAAACAAGUUUUUUUUAAACACUAAUUGUUUAUUUUGUUCUCUAGAGUUAUAGAUUCACAAAUUGUAAGAAAAUUUCCUGAUGGAUAAAAAAGAUUAUUAUUAUUGGAUAAUCUUUAACAGAAGUUAUAUAUAAAUUAAGAUUUUUUCUAUUUAACAAAAAAUUACAAUGUUUAAUCUCAACAGUGUAUAAAAUUUUUUAUUUUGCUUUCAAAACUGCUCACAACUAAUGUGUGAGUCUCUAAUUCUCUCAUAUAACUGACUGUGUUUUUUUUCUGAUAACUUGUCACUGAUGUUGAUGUACAUUGUGAAAGUAUUUCUGGGAUUAAUGAAAGAUAUUGGUUUCUUUAGCAUAUAGACAUUCCAAUUUGUACAUUCUCUUGAUCCACUGCUAGCAUAUCAACAUUCCAAAAGUGCAUUGUCUUGAUCCACUGCUAGAAUAUCAACAUUCCUAGUGUACAUUUUGUUUCACUGCUAGCAUAUCAACAUUCCAGGUGUAUUGUAUGUCCUGAUGAUUUUAAAUGUACACUAAAUUUGUAUAACUAUUUUCUGGCUCACAAUUAGUGUACCAGUGCCGUCCAAACAUAAAUUAUUAUCAAUUACUAUGGUUGCUUUAUAGUUCUAGAUGGAACCAUUUUUGUGUUUAAUAUUAUAUAUUAAAUAUUUGCAUAGAAUUUGCUUGUUACUUACAUUCCAUUAACAAAUGACACAUUCCAUAUUUAACCUUCUUUAUUUAUGUUUCAAUCUACUUUGGAUCAAAAUGUAAAUACUCCAAAUACAUUAUUAUGAUUUUACACAUUAGAUAAUUGUUAUUUAGUUUAUGUUUUUUUUAAUUUUUUUUUUUUGCAAAUGUCAUUUAGUCCAUUAUUCAUGUAACUCUUUCAAAGCAUACUUAGUUUAUGCAUAGUAAAUAUCAAUCUAAAUAUUGGUUUCUUUUUUUUUAACAUAUAAACAUUUCUAUUCAUACAUUCUCUUGAUCCACUGCUUGCAUAUCAAAUAGAGGCAUGGUGACUGAGUGGUAAAGUGCUUGGCUUCCGAACUGGGUCCGGCGUUCGAAUCCUGGGAUUUUUAAUUUCGGGAUCUUCGAGCCCCUCUGAUUCCACCCAGCUCUAAUGUGUACCUGAUAUUAGUUAGGGAAAAGUAAAGGCGGUUGGUCAUUGUGCUGGCCAUAUGACACCCUCGUUAACUAUAGACCACAAGGUCUGAAAGGGGAACUUUACUUUACUUUUAAAUAUCAAUCAUUGCACUCAGUGACUCAAUGGUAUACACCACCAUCACCCUGCGGUUAGAGUCCUAUACACCACCAUCACCCUGCGGUUAGAGUCCUAUACACCACCAUCACCCUACGGUCCUGAUUUCUAUUCCUCAUGAAAACUAAUUUAAAUGUGAGAUAAACUUGAGCUGAUCUGUCUUAUUAUAGUUAAUAUUUUAUCCUUACAACAUUUGUCUUCAGUUGUGUAUUACACAUAACAAAACUAAUGAUUGCAAAAAUAUUUGUUCUAACCACAUACUAUUUAAGAUUUCGGUAAGGAAGAGCUACCGCUCCCAAAGUACCCUGACAACUUACUAACAUUUAAUUUCUGAAAAAUAACACUUUCAAUAAAAUGUGCAGAAUGGCUCUUACAAAAAAUACAAAACUUGUUAUGACCUCAUUAAUUGUUUUACACUAAACGUUAUAAUAUCAUCAGUUGUUUUAGCUGUCCAGUCCAGUCAUCUAGUUUUGUUACUUGCUUCAAUAAAGAAUUUGUUUUAAAAUUUCUACCAGUUCCUCCAGUAAAAAAUGUAUUGUGGCAUAGAAGCAAAAAAAAUAUUUGCAUCCUAAGAUUAUGUUCUUAACAUUUUUUUAGUAGUUCAGUCAUUGCAGUGACACUUCAUAAAACCUUCUGCCUCAAGCUUAUAAGCAAAAUGUUUUAAAUUAACAAAAUUGAAUAUUCUAAUGAAUAUUAAUGAAACAAACAAAAGAAAAUUAUAAGUUUUCAAUUGUGAAAUUUGCUUUUAUGCAUAAAAUGUAUAAUUAAUAAGGAAGCAUAAGAUAGAGAUACUUUUAACUGCAGGAUAUUGUUUACUAUGAUUUCUCAGCUUUAAAUUUUUUUAAAUAUUUUUCAAAAGGUUUAAGGUAGUUGAGCUCACAUGAAAAAUUAAAAAUGUUCCAGACUUUUGAAUUGUCUUUUAGGCCAUGCAUUAUUUUUUACAUUGCUAAAGAAUUAUACUACUCUAGGAUUUGUUUCAAGACAGCUCAUGCUUACUUAUUUCUUAAGUUUAAUUUGUUGGAUAUUUUUUAAUUAAAAAUGUUCCAGACUUUUGAAUUGUCUUUUAGGCCAUGCAUUAUUUUUUACAUUGCUAAAGAAUUAUACUACUCUAGGAUUUAUUUCAAGACAGCUCAUGCUUACUUAUUUCUUAAGUUUAAUGAUAAUUUUGUUGGAUAUUUUUUAAUGUAUUAAUCACAGACAUUUCUUUUUUAUGGUCUCAAUAUAUUUCAAAGCAUUAACUUAGCCUUAGGGCUAUUAUUAUUUCUGGAUUUAAAUUUUAAUUCAUGUUGACAUAUGUAAUGAAAUAAUUUCUUUAAUUUCCUUUGACUUCAUGCUGCUUUAAAUUUUCUAAAAGAUUGCAAAAAAAUAUCUUCAAUAUAUGGCUUACUUAUGUCAGAAUUUCAAGAACUAAGAAAACAAAGUUUGUUUUUUUAAAUGAGUCAGUUAAGUUUUACUAGCUGGGUGCGGUGAGAGUUACAUAUGAUCUUGUGAAAAGAUUAAACCACUUUUUUUAUUUAUAGCUAAAUGGAAAAUCCAUGUCUGAUUUUUAACACUAGUUUUACAAAGGAUGAGAUGCCUUGUGUGACUGAAUGUUAAAAUAAAAACUCAACAAGA